AUCAGUCAACUGUGAGCCGUGGAGCAAAGCGUAACACACAUCCCCCAUCAAAAAAGGAGGCAACGUUUUGUUAUUGUUGAAACCCAAAAUAUUAUUUUAAGUUAUUUCAAUCGUUUAAUCAACAUUUGAUUGCUGGAGCCAUGCGCGGCUACUUUGUUUACUACCUCAAAAUACUUUGGGCCAUUUGCUUAAUUGCCCAAUCGGUCGCAAGUGCCAUAAAGAUCUCUCGGGAUGAUGCAUAUAAGAAACUCUUGUCGCUCGCCUCUCUGCCAUUUGAGGACUGCGGUUCCGAGUAUAAAGUGAACUACCUGAACAUCGACAGCUGUACAAAGGUGCCCUGUUCCAUGGCUCGCGAUUCGACCGUUAAGGUUACGGUGCUCUUCGAUGAUAAUGGUAGUGGAGUGACUUUUCUGAAGCACGAAGUUCGCUGGGUGUUCACCUAUGUGAAGAGCAAUGCAGCAAUCACCCCCGACCCCUGCGAUGGCGACCACAACUGCUUGCUCAAUGUGAAUGAUGGCAAAAGCUAUUGGGCCAACAUCUUUGUGAAUAAGACUUUGCCACUGAUGAGCGGCAGCAUGCUGUGGGAGGCAAAGAACGAAAAAAAUGAAAAUCUCAUAUGCUUUGAGGUGCCCGUGGUAAUUACAGCUUAAUUACUCACACAAAUAUAUUACUUAUGAUACAGAUAUGCCUUAGUAUGUGUGUGUGUGAAGACGCAUACAAAUGCAUAUUUAUGAUACUUAUGUAAAAAUAAAUUAAUUGGUGCAUGCAAAAACAAUAA